AUGAGCCUGACAUCUCCCCGCCGCAACGACAUCAAGCGAAUUAUCGACGCGCUCGCCCGCCAGGCCAUCGAGCUGCAGCAGCAGCGCGGUCUACUCAUACGGCUGAUCCAAGCCGAUCCUAGCUACGUGGAGGACGUGUUGCGGCACCCACACGGCAUGCAGUACAUCCUCCAGGCGGACUCAGCACGGUAUCAAUAUACCGACUCAGUGAACAACCUCAUUCUCAAAGUGCAGCGUAUCGAAGCCUCGCUGGCCCGCAUCAAGGAAAAGACGACUGAGCUCCUCCUCCUGAUUCCCCCGAUAGAGUGUCUGCCCGUCGAGAUACUGUCCCUCAUCUUCCAGGCUGGCAGCCUCUCUGAACCGAAGGGCGCACUUCCCUUUCCCAUGCUCAUCGCCUCCGUCUCGCGCCGCUGGCGAAAUGUCGCGAUCAGCACGCCUACUCUUUGGACAAACCUGCACAUCGCGCCGCUCCGCCCAUACCGCUGGCCUCAUCUCGCACUCGAGCGCUCGCGCAACCAUCCGCUCGACGUUUCUCUCGACUUCUGCUCCAAAUCUGCGCCGAGCAGCGCUGCCGUCAUCGCAUCCAUGUCCAUCGUGUUUCCCCACCGCGACCGCUGGCGCCGUUUUUCCCUUAUUGCGCACCACAGAAACGUAGUCCUCAUCGUGGGUGAAAUGCUAGCAGAUGCGCGUUCAUAUUCCCUGCGCUACCUCCGACUAUCGCUCACCGGAAGUGGGCCGGCUGGUAAUCAGGAAGUCGCCAUUCCUCGGCUGCUCGACGGCGGAGCGCCAGCGCUAUCGUCCGUCCGCUUUGAUAGCGUCGCUCUCCCAUGGCGGAAGCCGCCGCUCGUUGGGUUAUCUGCCCUCGACAUUCGCUGGCUGUGGUCCCGCAAGCUGGCGUUUCCCCAAUUCCAGGACCUUCUCGCCGCAUCACCCACGCUGACAAGACUCGUGCUGCGGGGGAAACACGUCGAUCUGCGCGCGAGCGGGGAUUACACGCCUAUAGCUUUACCCCAUCUCCGCGAUCUGGAGGUAUCCGGUGACAAUGUGUGCCUGAUGUGCUCGCUCCUCGUCCCACCCGUGCUAGAAACCCUCACGCUCGCCAACGUUGACCAGAGCGAGUUCCGCGAGUUCAUGGAGUGGCUCCCGGUCUCCGGCGCGCGGUAUUCGGCGCUCACCUCUCUCGUACUCUUGAAUGUAGCCAUGUCUCCGCUCACCCGCGGGUUCAUCUCAGCAUUCGCUACCAUCACAAAAUUAGUCAUCAUCAACUCGGGCGCAGACCGUUUUCUCGAGCUCCUGCGGCCAAAGCAGCCAGUGAACAAUGCAAAUCCAGACGGUCUUGCCUGGCCACGCCUGAAAGACGUCACCCUCCUGGACGACACCAGUUACGACAAACUGCACGCAAUGGUCACCGAGCGAGCCGCCCAUGGUCUGCCCCUCCAACGCUUGAUUGUGCACACAGAAUUCAUUCACAGGAAUUUGUUGGGCCCGCUCACACGAUACGUGAAGAUCGAUAGCAUUACGCACCUCGAUCGCGAGCCGUAG